AUGCCGCUGCCGCUGCCGCUGCCGCUGCCGCUGCCCACCCCGAGCUCUCGUGCUGUGACUCUCCGCUUCUGCACACCGGCCGCAGUCAAAAGAUGCCUGAAGGGGGAGCCUCAAGCCGCCACGGUCGCAGACUACGACAGCGAUGGCAGUUGUGUGAAGCCCGGAACCGAGGUGUCCGCGAAGCAGAAUGCCUCCGCUGGGAGACGCCAUGAGCCGCAGAAAACGCCAUCUCGGACACCGAAACAGGCGCAGGCCACGACUCGACGAGAGCCCAGUGACUCGGGUUACUCGUCACAGAACAGUACUGCGCAGGCGCAGGCGCAGGCGAAGGCGAAGGCCAUGCCUGCCCCGCUGUCAAUCCCGACCCAGAAUGCAGCACGUCAGCCGGCAUCGACACCAAUGAGUCCCACCAAGUCCAACACCAAGAGACCCAUCGUUCACAGACACGACAGUGGUCGUAGUAGAUCACAGACCACUGUGCAGCCGGCAUCGAAGCCGCACGACAAAUGCGACGAUCGCAACUGUCGAGAUCCCGACUGUCCAACGAGCCGCAACAAGGAGCGACGCAAAACGAUGUAUGUGUCGCAACCGCUGCCAUCUCCCGCAACAGCGCAUCCAUAUGCGCAAAUUCCGCCAUACCAGUAUGGUCGGAAAAUGCCUCCUCCACCGCUACCGCUGCAGCGAACUGCAUCCCGACCUGGCCGGCCUCAGAGCUUCCAUGCUGGCAUGCCAUUGCCAUACUCUGCAUCGCAACCAGGUCCGCCGCCUGCUCAGUCGGCUUAUUACUACACCCAAGGCUAUGGCCAACCAUCUGCGUACGCCGCGACACCUUCGAGCCAACAAAUCUACGUACCCGCGUCGCCCGUCACUCCCAUGGUGCCUCCUUCGCCAACGUCACCAAAUGCUGCUGGCUAUCCUGGCUAUCCGGGAGGAAUAAUAUCUGCACGCAUACCCAACCCGAACGUUGCGGGCAUGGAACCGCCAAAGCUAGCUCCCAAUCCGGGUCUUCCAAUUCGAACCUCAGCUCGACGACCUGACAAUCGGCCUCCGCCAGCCACCUAUCCAAACGAUUCAGCGACGACCAGCGACUCAGAGACUGGCUCCGACUGCGAGUCUGAGGAAGAGUAUCAGCGACGCAGAGAGGCUGCGGGACGUCGGCGACGACGCUCUUCCUACGUUGACCAUCGAUCGAAGUCUCGGCCGCGAAACAAGUCUCGUGGUCACGACGCUGUAAUUGCAACGGUGACGCGCUCGACUCACUCGCGCCGUCCGUCGAUGGGCAAAUCAUAUUACACCGACUCAUACGUACCCACCCGACGAAACAGUCUGAGAGACCCUCGAACAGAACGCCUUCACCGAGCGCCGUACUCUGACAACGGCCCUGGCUAUUCGUCAGACAAUUUCGACUCUGACCGAACUUCUGGUGCUGUGGUCCAUACUCGACACAGCGCGCCAACAUCGAAGCAACAUAGUCGUCGGCCAUCCGUGUCGACCAAUGCUUCAUCAGGAGGCACAAAGGCAACAACACUAUCGAGCGUGACCGAUUAUUCACGCGCGAUCAUAGAAGACUCGCGCGGGCGACGUGUCGUCUACUUGUCAAAGGAACAGCAAGCUGAGCUCAUCAAGCAACACCAGCGACAGAAGCUUCAAGACUCGCUUGACGAACAGGAACGCCUUGCGAAUAUGCGCUUCAACGCUGCUAGCGAUUACCAAAAAGAGAUGUCUGGUGGGGUUGAUGGCUAUCAGAUGAGCGCCGAGAACAUCAAGAACUUGAAUCGCACGUCGAAGCCACCAUCUCGAUCGCAUAUGUCAGGUCGGAGCGGCAAGUCAGCCGGGUCCGGCUCUAAAGCGUCUCGAUCCAAUGGAGUGAAGAUCCACGCUGGUGGUACUGUUCUUCACGUCGACGGAGACAUGGCGAUGCAAGUCCGCACUACUGAUGACGGCGAAGUUCAUCUCGUACUCGGCAAUGGACGCGAGAUUGAAUACAACAGCAGCUCCAAGGGAAGCAGCCGGUCCAGAGUCUCUCGAGGAAGAGACAGAAACCGCAUCCCAGAAGCCGAUGAAGGAGGCUAUGAGAGACCUCUUUAA